CUUCAGUCAAGGAGACUUCCAAGAUGGCGGUGCCUCUCAACUUGUCUGGUGAGGGCCCGGCCUUUAGCGACAGCGAUAUGAGUGCAGACGAGGGUUCAUCGUCCACUACAAAUCAAAAUAUAAGUCUUCUCAGUCUACUCAAGCAGGAAAAUAGAGUAUUAAAAAUGGAACUAGAGACAUGCAGACUUCGCUGCAAAACCCUUCAAGAAGAGAACAGAGCGCUCCGCCAAGCCAGUGUUUCUAUCCAAGCAAAAGCUGAACAAGAAGAAGAGUUCAUCUCCAAUACAUUACUCAAGAAAAUACAGUUAUUAAAGAAAGAAAAGGAAACGUUAGCAACAAACUAUGAACAAGAAGAGGAGUUCCUGACCAAUGAUUUGUCCAGGAAGUUAGCUCAGUUAAGAAAGGAAAAAGUAGAUCUUGAGAACACUCUUGAACAAGAACAAGAACUGCUGGUCAAUAGACUUUGGAAGAGAAUGGACAGACUGGAGGCUGAAAAAAGAAUGUUACAAGAAAAGUUAGAAGAACCCAUAUCAGAACCUCCAUCUCCACGGCAAUUCACUGAAGCUGAAGAUACAGCAGGGGGCAUUGCAACACACAUCACAUCUCUACGAGAAGAAAUAAGAAGACUACGACUGCAGCUUGCAAAAUCCGAGGCAGACUAUUGCGAGAAGAUGCARGCUUAUGCCAAAGAGGAAAGGCAAACAAAGGAGGAAAACAUCAGAUUACAGAGAAAAUUGCUGAGAGAAAUGGAGAGAAGAGAGGCCUUAAGUAGACAGCUGUCAGAGAGYGAGUCCAGUCUUGAAAUGGAUGAUGAAAGACAUUUCAAUGAAAUGACUUCACAUGGACAGGCUAAUACAAGUGGCUCAUCAAGCCGUGAGCGUACCAUUUCAAGUCCUGUUCCUCUAACAACUGGUUAUGGUUUCACCCCACCAUCACCACACAUGAGCCGAUAUUCAUCUACUGGAAGUCUAACUAGUUCAUUACCAAGUGGCUCAUCACCCCCCACCCAUCAUGUACCAACCAGCCAUAGGCGGAUGAGCCCCGGAGGCCCAAGCACUGUGAUAAGGCCCUCAUCGGGAUCAUAGUUCAUUGAGCAUUGCCAUGGUUACCUGUGAUGUUGAAGUAUGAUUGGUUGAUAAGAGGUUAUGUUUGCUGAUGUAUCCAUGUGAGUCUGAUCUCCCAGAAAACACAAGCCAUAAACUAUUUGUGACAAGAAAACUUUUAAAAUGUGUAAGCAUACAGGUUAUUUCUGCAAGGUUGACCACUUGAAAAUAUAUCCUGCUUUUUUUCUGAGAAGGGUAUUGGCCUUUCUAGAAUUCCAAAAUUUUUGCUUAUCAGUUACCAUUAUCCAUGAAAUAAACAAUAAUUACCUUUUAAACUAACUUUUACUCAAUAAUAAGUUUUCAAAAGUGACUAGUAUUAGGUAUUUCAUGGAUAAUAAUUAUUAAUAAUUAUUAUAUAUUAUUAUCAAUUGAUAAUAAUUAUUAUAAGAUAAACAUAUUUUAUGGACAAGUCUACAUUUCCAGCUCUUCAGUUAGAAGGAACGUAUCAACAGAAACCUACAAGGGACUUGAAACGUGUAGUGCCCGUAUAUUUCUCUAGUACCAAGCGUCGGAAUAUUCAAAGCUCAUUAAAAAUUCGAAAACGAACGUUAUGACCAUAUUUGGAAAAUUCKGCCGUUGGAAAAGAGAUUUAAGGCCCGUUUUGGUUGGCUACAUGUAUAGGGUAAAUUGAAUUGUUCCAAAUAAGGAAAUGAGAUGCAAAUUAGAUUUGAAUAUUCCAACAGAUGGCACGGCGUUACACGUUUCAAGUCCCUUAUAGGUUUCUGGUAUCAGUCAAUACACCCUAAUACCAAUAAUGGCGCCAUCUUGAAUUCUAUUGUUUUAAGUAUUAAUUCAGUGAGAAACUAUGGUAUGCCCAGGGAACACUAAAUGAUGAAAUCUGUGAARCAGCUUUUUUUGAUCCCUAUACAGUGCAAAGAAAUAACCAUGACUAUCGACACUGCAAAAUGUUAGUUCCCCUGGCAUUAUCUGACUGGAUGCAUAAAGGUGGCCUUUUUAAACGGAGAUYCUGUUGCAUAUUAUAAUAUGUUCUGUAAUAUUGAUCAUUUUCAUGUUGAAAAUACCUUGGACAUGGCAAAUURGCCUCCAUUACAUCCUUCUCCCUUUUGAGGCUCUGUGUCUUCAAAAAGCACAGGAAGCCCAAAAGGUAACAGCUGUGACAGAGUGCGGAGUGUGCCUCAGUGAUACCCCUACUCUCCCCUCCCAGACUCAGUGGAAAUGUCGUUAAGAAGCUAUUGAAAGUCAGCAUCGUKAGGUUAUUUGAUAGAUUUGCGGAGUGAGUAAGCACAGUAAAGUGUUUUAUGAAGCAUWCUUAAGAUAAGGAUACUAGAAAAGACAUUUUCUGAAAUACAAAAGYAUGUUGCAUUGURGUCUAGCUYCAGUACAAACAACACCAUAUCUGACUAUAUAAACAAAAGAUGUUUGUACCGAAUCUAUAAYAUARUGGAAUGGMAACGCUAUUUCAGAGAAGGUCUGUGUCGCUUUGUAGUAGGGACAGCUUUUUUUCUUCAACUGAGGUUUUAUAAGGCCGCAAAAAGAGAGAGUUAUCGCUAUAACAUAGGGACUCCAUCCCUUAAGCUUGAGCAAACGACGAAUGUUAAUACUGACUCCAAUUUACAGUUCGAAGUGGCAUCUUGAAAGGUACCGAGCCUUUGCACCAAAGCGAGACAGGAGUUGAGCCUGCAGUGAUAGAUACCUUGUGUUCACACCUAAGACAAUUAUUCACAGGUAUCUAACAUUGCAAGUUUCACUUCUGUCUCGCUUUGAUGCAAAGGUUCGUAUACCUUUCAAGAUGGUGCUUGAACUCAAAUGUAGUAUUACUUCUCGUUCUUGAGUUUCAAGAACUCGUAAAAACUAAAGCAAGUGUUUAAUUAGCAAGUGAUGCUAAGAGUGUUGAUAUUGAUUGAUUGAUAAACGACCGUUUGCGUUUGUAUACCAAAGAAAUACUUACAAAAAUAGCCAAUGGCCGGCGAGUUAAAGACUCAUCACCAACCGUCAUGCCUUUCGAGCCUUUAUGUUUGAAAAUAAUAAAGGCAUCGUAAUAUAUAAAAACGAYAAAUACUGUUUAUUAUCCCGUUUUGGUCUCUGGAAAUAUAAGUAUUGAAAGGCUCGAUCUUUAAAAAAAAAUCGAUGGAUUGAAGCACAAACAUUGCGUYACCCUAUUUGUGUCUAAAAAAUCGAUAAAAACGACCGUUAGGUGAUGGCCUUUGAAGAAAUUUUAGUAGACGUGAGAUUGAUCAGGUUUUAACAACCUGGAAAAAGAAAAAAAAAAAAGAAAGAAAGAAAA